CCCAUCUUUGUUUGGGUAAAACAUGAACCUUCCACACAUUGUAACACUUCAUGUCUAUGGCUACGAGUUAUAGCCUACCUCGUAAAGAACAUAGUGCCUGAGGUCAAUGUGUUCAUUCAGCUCCUAACCCCCCCUCCCUCCCUUCGUCCCAUCCUCAUCGGAUGACGGAUGAAAGCGCCGCAGCUCAACGCCGGGCAUCAGCCCACGAGAGGAAUCUGAGGCCGGGCUGCAGCGCUUCAUUUGUCCUCGUAGUGGACAGUGCCGGUUAGGGAAUGGGGACUGAAGAUGCACGGAGAUUUGGGGAUGUAUUAGUGAUUUCGGAAUUGGUCAAAUCCUGACUUACAGCCCUAUAUCUUGCUUCAAAAUAUCAGAUCGCUUCAAAGAAAAUCUCUGCAAGCUACAGCGCUGAAUCAAGACUUCGCCUCCGACACCUCGGAUGGCUAGCCUCUGCUGACCGAUACCUUAAUGUCACUGCUUUGCUCCUGGAACACUGAUCAUCAUAUAUGACUUGGAUUAACUAAGAUUUUGGAACACUUGUCGUGCCAGUAGGGUUCCAAGUGAAUCCUAACAUGACCGCAGACAUUCUGUCUUUUUUUCUUGUCAGCAAUACCAAGGUGACGGUAUGUAGCUAGCUAGCUUGCUAGCAAGCUUGCUUGGAUAGGCAGCUCUUGACAGGUAGCAUUUAAUGUAUAAUUGUCUAACGGUCGUUUAAAACUAUAUGAUCACUUAACACAAGCCUGGUUGCAACAAAGGAUGGAUUUGGUUUAAUUAAACAAAGGUGCGGUUUGAUCUUCCCCUGCAGUAGGACGGCUACAGUAAGCUAUAGCUACUUCUCAUCCAUCCUGUAGUGGUUCUGCUGGAUAGCUCCAUGGCUGUGCGAGGGAGCAGGUUGUCUGUCAGCAAUUGUCCUAUGGACUUUUAUAUCAUCAUUGGUCACCACAGUAACUUAUAGUUUUACGAAUCGUUUAAACUUUCACCCAGUCACUUACUAUAAUAGUUAGGGAAAUAAAGACUUGUCUCUAUUGAAACGUGUGUUCUAGUGUUGGAAUGAUGCCCACAGACUUAUAAGCUUUUUGUAUUAAUGUUAUAGGUAGCAUGUUUGCGUUUGGCUUGCAGUCGACAUGGAUAGCUAGUUGUAUUUGUACAAUAAGGUACCUAGAUUGUUAGCAAGUGUUAGGCUAUUUAUUAAUAUAUAGCACCUGCCAUACCAAUAUUUUAAAACCUGUGAGCAGGAAACCUGUCGACCAUCUCUCCAAGACGUGUUUAAGCAGCUCCCCAUCAUCUAAAUCGGGCAUUUUUUCUAUGCUACUUCUGACUUCAAGGUCUCUAGGGGAACGUGCGGUAGUCGCAGGGUCAGUAGAACCGUAGCCUACUCGUACUAGAUGAUUCAUUCUUCUGUUCUAUGAGAAAGUUACUUUGAAACGCUGUUUACAUCGCCGUUGACAGCCGCCACCUUACUUUUUCAAUUCGAUGUCAGAACACUACCGGGUUUGAACGAUUUGGGGCAUUGUUAACUGUAACAAUUGAUUAUUACCGAAGCAGAAAAGUAUUAUUGCUGAGGUAAAGCCUUCACUGUAGGGUGUGACAGCUUGCGUUAAAUGUUAACAUGUCACACCAUACACUGUGGGUUUACAUCAUGUAUGUGGUCAGCCGUUUCUUCGUCAAUCCGUGUGGAUGACACGGCUACCAGUUCUUAGCAGAGAAUUGUAUGGUAAUAACGCUGUCGUUGGGCUGUCAGUGGUCAACUGAGAUACUUGAUUGCCCAUUUUGUGUGCAAGAACGUUUAUAUCCUAGCCAGUUAGUCAUGUAGCUAGGAAGCUCACAAACUCUUUUGUUUUCCCACACUCUACAGAUUGAUGUCUGAAGUGUUGUACAAACUGUUAUUCACACUACUUGUGUUCCUCUUGUAUAUAGAUGUACAGUCUUUUGGUUACUUUUUUGGCGGCGUUAUCCUAACAGUGCUGGUUGCUAUGGCAUUUUUAAAUGGACCCAGAUUACUUGACUGGGCCAAUUCACCUCCACAUCUUCAGUUUAACAAAUACGUUCUGACUGGAUAUAGACCAAUAUCUUCGGUUCAAGACUGCAUUCGAAGUCUUUUUUAUCUGCACAAUGAAUUGGGAAAUAUCUAUACGCACGGCAUCCCCCUGCUAUGCUUCCUGGUGCUGCUCCCUCUCAACAUCCCCUGGUCUCAGAUCAGUGUGACGUGGCUGGGCGUGGUGCACUUCCUGGCCUGCCUGUCGCCGCAGCUGGGCUCGGUGCUCUACCACCUGUUCAUGAACCACGAGGGCGGCGAGCCGGUCUACCACACGCUCCUCACCCUGGACAUGUGUGGCAUCUGCAUGAUCAACACCCUGGGGGCGCUGCCCAUCGUGUACAGCACGCUGCUCUGCUACCCGUUCACGCGGACGGUGGCACUGUUCGUGUACAUCAUGCUGUCCAGCUACGCCAUCUACUGCGCCAUCACGGCGCGCAGUAGCGUCCGGCGCCUCCGCUCCUUCGCCUGGCAGGCCAUCUUCCGCUUCUCCUUCUUCCUGCUGCGCUGGGUGGGCGUGGGCGGGGGCAGUCCCACCUCGCUGCGCCACUUCCUCACCAUGGACGCGCUGGCCGUGCUGGGCGGCAUCAUCAACAUCACGCGCAUCCCAGAGCGCUUCCGCCCGGGCCUCUUCGACUACUGGUGUAACAGCCACCAGAUCAUGCACGUGCUGGUGGUGGGCUCCAUCCUCUACCUGCACUGGGGCGUGCUGGAAGACCUGCUGUGGAUCAACAGUCACCACUGUCCCUCGGACUGAUGCAGAC